UGUUGUGAUCGUGGAUUUUGACGUCCACAAAUUUACUGAAUUUCUCCACAGAAAACUUGUAUGGGCGAGUGUGAUCAAGGCAUUUUGGGGAGCCUAAAGAUGACCGAGAUUCUCUCCCCUGCCCAACUGAAAAGACUGUCGGAGCAUAAGUACAGUUCUCUGGGGAGUUCGAUCACCGAACCGGUGAUGCAAAUAUUUUGGCGAUGGCUUGUGGAACUGCUUCCUCGAUCAUGGGCUCCGAAUUCCAUCACUCUCGUCGGGCUUGUCAUCAAUGUUGUCACCUCCCUUAUUGUCUGUUACUAUAGCACAGAUGCAAAGUCACCGAUUCCAGCCUGGGCUCUCCUGACCUGCGCACUAGGUCUAUUUAUCUAUCAAACCCUUGAUGCCCUCGAUGGGAAACAGGCCAGAAGAACUAACACUAGCUCACCCCUCGGUGAAAUGUUUGACCAUGGUUGUGAUUCGAUUUCUACUGUCUUCAUCACAGUGGCGUGGUGUUGCGCCAUGGAACUAGGAAUGCGGCCAGGUCUUAUGUUUUUCGUCGGUUUCACCUCUGUUGCCAUGUUUUAUCUCGCCCACUGGCAAACCUACGUUACUGGAACCCUCAAUUUUGGAGCUUUUGACGUUACUGAAGCUCAGUUCAGUAUCAUGUUUAUCUACAUUGUGUCGGCCAUAUUUGGAGCCAGUUUUUGGACCUUGAAGGUGCCAGUGAUCGGGCUUGAGAUGAAGAUUGUGAUGGUUUUAUUUAGCGUGGCUGUUGCAGCAAUCACAUGUCAUCAAAAUUUUACUAUUAUAUUUAUGAAAGGAGGAAUAGGAAAAAAUGGGGCGACCGUGGCGGAUACGAGUGUUGUAUUCCCAGCGUUCCCCAUCGGUGCUGUCAUUCUUCUUGCCCUGAUGAUCUACAAAAAAUCGACCACUCAGAUCUUUGAGAAUCAUCCAUGUUUAUACAUAUUGUCGUUUGGACUGGUCGCGGCAAAAAUAACCAAUAAGCUGGUGGUGGCGCACAUGACAAAGAGUGAGAUGAGUUUCCUCGACUCGGCCCUGAUUGGCCCCGGGAUGCUCUUCUUCAACCAAUACUUCAACACGCUUGUCAAUGAAUAUUACGUUCUUGUCCUGUGUUGUCUGUACAGCACAGUGGACAUUGUUCGAUAUUCUGCGUCAGUGUGUAUUCAAAUCUGUGAAUAUCUCGAUAUCUACUGCUUCAAGAUGAAAGUCCAGCCAGACGACGAUAACAUCGACGGAGACGAUCAUGCUGAUCUUAGUGCUGACCAGGCGAUGACGACACGACGAACCACGCGUUCAGUGGCCAAGAAGUCCAUGUGAAUGACGAGGAGAAAGUUGGUGUUACUGACCACACAUUUAGUUGCAAUCAUUCAAACUUCCAUUUGCAAAUCAUGUUGAUUUUGUCUUGUAUGUAUUUUCCUGAAUAUAACUGGUAGUGUCCAUUCUGUUGAUGCGUCAUGGUCGUCCUGAUUCUAGAGAAAUUAGCUUCAUUGAUGUGUGAUUCCUGUUCAUGUUGUAUGUCGGUCUUGAAUUGUUUGGCCAUAGGAUUAGCUCAUGUAUAUUGACGAAUGGUCUUAGUUGUAGCAUUUCAUUCUUCUCAGCUUAGGCCCAACAUUUGAAUCAUUUUCCAACUUUCAUUCAUUCAUUCCCGUUUCGAAGGCAGCAGUUAAUUUUCCUGAACCAAUUUUGAAAAAGAAUGAUAGUCUUUUGCAAAAUACAAGUACAAGUUUAUUUGUUUGUCUCUUUCUCUGGAAAUAUUGUUUACCCUGGCUUUAAUUGAGGUUAUUUGCUUUUGCCAGAGGUUGUACAGACUGCAGUGUCGGUGUGUCUGGUGUGGUUUUCUCUAGCAAAGCUGUGAAUAGGCAUAUAUGGUCCAGCAUUCGACAGCAGACAACCUGAUAGAAAUUAUCCAUUCUUGAGCUUACAGAAAUGGUUGCAUCAAUGCAUGAAUAUUCAGUCACCACCCAGAUAACCUCAAAUGCUGAGUUGUAAACCUGAAUAUAUCACGUCUCCAUUUAUUGAUUUCUUACCACAAAAUUAGUCUGUUGAGAAUUCUUUUUCAAAAUUGGCUCAUUUAUGAAUUCAAAGGUGUACAUGUGGCGGUCAUUGGAUUUCUAAUUUCAUAUGUAAAAUUAAAUGUUUUGACCCCUAUGUAAAUGUGUGUUUUACAACCUUUGUACAUUAAGUAAUUAAGUUCAUUCGCAAGACAUUUGUGUUUGAAGUGGAUUAGGCUCAUGCAUGGAUGAUCUUUGUCACAAGAGAACAUUUGAGAAGCUGGAUUUGUAUCAAAUGAUUUUAUAUCAAAGGGGUGAUAAACAUUAGUAAUAUUCUCUGUUAGAAGACUCAUGGAUUGGACAGCUGUGAACAUACAGUGUGUCAUUGGCCUAGUAGGUUGACAUACUGCAUUUGAACUUUAUUUCAUGACAGAUAUACAUAUGUAGUUGUUGAUUCUGUAAUUGUAAACCAAGUAUUCCCAUGUUAUUCUAGUCACUGUCAUCAUACAGAUCACUGUUUUCUUGAUUUAUAUGAUAAAGGGUUUUGCUUGCAGCAUUGCAUUGAUGUAUUGUGAACUUCAAAACUUUGAUACUGACAUCGAUUUUGUCCAGUCUGUAUUUUGACGUCAUUUCACUGAAAAUCAGUGGCAACUUUUUGCAUGGCGAUACCCUACUGCCGAUAUCUUAUCCCACCUGUUAAUGUGAUUAUAAGUCCAUGACUGUUAGAAUUCCUGCUUGCAGUGCUUACAUAUGACUAUAAUGCUUAAUGAUAUAGGCCUAGCACUUUGAAGAGUUGCUUUAUAAAACUGCCUGCAGCUGCACUUUUUCAUGCAGUUAAAUGCUUAAAGCAAUCCGGCAGAUGUAGGAGAUUUAUUUGAAAUAUUCUUGUUCAUGCAGCUGCCGUAAAUGUUUAAGGCUAUCCGGCAGUCUUUCUGGUUUAGGCAGAGUGGACAGAGUAGACUAGAAAAUUACAUAAACAAUAUUUUUCGGAAAAAGAUCCUUCUUUUAAAAAGUUAUGAUUGUGUGUGAGAAAUGAAAUGUUUGAAGGCUGUUCUUGCAUAAUACUGCUUUUUAUGUUGGGCAGAAGUCACUUUUAUAAGAUUGUCACCUUAUCACAUGUAAGCUUGUGAGAAUGGUGUAUUCGGAAUUUAUGUCUUAGCGACUUUUAAAGCGAUUGUCAUGUUAUAAUUGUUCUUUUGGAAGGUCAUAUUAAACCAUUUCAAUGAUCUGAUCGAUUCACAUUAGUCCUUAGCAAGUGAUUUAGUUUUAUGUUAUUUGAAUUUUUGGUGAUCUUGACGAAAAUAGCUAGCUUGUACUUGUGGUUGGUGUUGUAACCUGUGUUGCCCAUUAUGCCCGAGGGGAACCACUUACUUGUCAUAUAACGAUUGAUCUCUUGAGGGGAGGGGAUGAGACACAAGUUGAUACUUGCAUAAAUAUGUGGGGCUUAUCUGGAUUCGAUACUCAGUUCCAGUAAGACAUAAUGGGUUACCUAAUCUGUUAGUGUAAGGAUUAUAUUUUUUGACUGAGCUGACUAGAAGGCUGUCCUUAGUGAUUUUAUUGUGAAUAGCUUGUAAAUAAGAUGACUAUUUUAUGAUUAGGGAAUGAAGGUGAUCUAUUGUAUAUAUUUCUGUUCUGCUGAUGUUGGGUAUUGAUUUACAGUAUUUCGUAAGAUCAGGGUAGCUUCACAGCAUGACUUCAAAUGAAUACAUGUAUGUUAUCACUAUGUCAUCUGUCGUGUCAUAUCAGUUUGGCCAACUCUGUGAUGCUUGUGACAAGCAUUACGUGAACAGAGUGACAAGAGACAACAUGAAUCCUGUAUAUACCAUGUCAGUGAGAAAGACACAACAUGCAGUUGAUAGCCGCAGUAAUCUAUUACUGUCGCUACAUCUGACGACCAGUUCCUCUGCUGGUUUGUUGUCUUGUUGAGGAAGGUGUCCUGUGAAAUACUGUGAAAUGAUGCUAUGGUUGUUAGUAGUGGUAUGUUGUGAUAUCGUGUUAAGCCAUUAGUCGUGUUUUCUCUCUAGUUUAUAUCCUGACUAAUUAUCAAUGAAUUUGUAUCACUAUUGGCAGAGAAUGACAGUUUUGAGGUUGAGUGUUCCUCAAAUCAAGUGUUCCUCUAGCUGAGUGCUCCUUCAAAUGAGUGUUACCUUCUCCCUUAAGACCUCCACAUUUAUCAUCAAUUCUGUAUGUAAUUCGCCUGAGCACAGUUUCGCGUGGUUGUUCUUGUGAAGUGUGAUGCAGUGUCGUCUAGAAUCAUUGCGUUUUUAGAUUGGUCUAUUUAUUGAACAGAUGAUGAUAUACCGGUAAUAAAUUAGUCAAAGAUA